UAUCAUUCAUAUAUUUUUUAUAUUAUAUAUAUACAUAUACAUAUAUAUUUCUGUUUCUACUAACAUUAUGGCUGCAGGAUCUUUUGUUACUUCUUCAGGUACCAAAUCGCAAUCUCGAUGCCCCCUUCAAGAACAAUACCUUCAACGUCGCAAUUCUCGCGAAAACUUGGAUAGGUUCAUACCGAAUAGAUCAGCUAUGGAUUUCGAUUAUGCACAUUACAUGUUAACGGAAGCGAAAAAAGGCAAGGAAAACCCAGUGAACUGCUCGCCGUCCAGGGAAGCGUACAGGAAGCUUUUGGCGGAAACCUUCAACAUGAACAGAACCAGGAUUCUUGCUUUCAAGAACAAGCCACCGACGCCCACUGAAGCGAUUCCUAGCGAUUGCUUUUCUUCUGUUCAGCAAUCGAAACCUGUGAAAGCGAGGAGAUACAUUCCGCAGACUUCGGAAAGAACAUUGGAUGCACCAGAUAUUAUAGAUGAUUAUUACUUGAAUCUGUUGGAUUGGGGAAGCAGCAAUGUUCUUGCAAUUGCUCUUGGAACAACAGUGUAUCUGUGGGAUGCUACUGAUGGUAAUACAUCAGAGCUUGUGACUGUAGAUGAUGAGAUUGGCCCAGUGACUAGUGUCAAAUGGGCACCUGAUGGACGUCACCUUUCAGUCGGUCUAAACAACGCAGAUGUCCAGCUUUGGGAUUCGACUGCUAAUAGAUUGUUGAGAACCAUCAGAGGAGGUCACCAAUCUCGGGUUGGUGCAUUAGACUGGAACAACCACAUUCUGACUACAGGAGGAAUGGACGGACGGAUUGUAAACAAUGAUGUUAGGAUCAGAUCACCCAUAGUUGAAACAUACACUGGCCACCACCAAGAAGUUUGCGGCUUGAAGUGGUCAGCCUCUGGUCAGCAAUUAGCCAGUGGUGGAAACGACAAUCUUCUUCACAUUUGGGACAAAUCCAUGGCGUCUACAAAUUCCCCAACUGAAUAUCUUCACAGGCUCGAGGAUCACACUGCAGCAGUGAAAGCCCUUGCUUGGUGCCCAUUCCAAGCUAAUCUUUUGGCUUCUGGAGGUGGUGGUGGUGACAAGUGUAUCAAGUUUUGGAACACACACACUGGUUCUUGCUUGAAUUCAGUGGACACAGGGUCACAAGUAUGUGCACUUUUAUGGAAUAAGAACGAACGUGAACUGCUGAGCUCACAUGGGUUUACACAGAACCAGCUGACAUUAUGGAAGUACCCUUCAAUGGUUAAGAUGGCUGAGCUUACUGGCCAUACUUCAAGAGUUCUUUUCAUGGCACAGAGCCCAGAUGGAUGUACAGUUGCAUCUGCUGCAGGAGACGAGACAUUGAGAUUCUGGAACGUUUUUGGGAGCCCUGCAGUGGCUGCUAAAGCUGCACCUAAAGCUACACCGGAACCAUUUGCAAAUGUGAGCCGUAUUCGUUAGCUCACUUGGAACAUUGUGGAGUACAAGGUGGACAGUAAAUAUACAGCGUAAAAAAGGCACAAGCUGUAGAGAUUUAUCCAUCUUUCUUUACAUAGAUGGACAGUAAAUAUCAAGUAUAUAUAAUUCAAACAAAAAGUAUAUAAAUGUGAGUAUUGUGAAUAUAUAUAUGGGAUGAAAUGAAGAAGCUUUUUGGAGGUAAAGAGAGCACCUUACAAAUGGCAGGAAGUCAAGAGGUGGUCGGUUCAGCAACAAAAGAUCAGCAAGAGUUUUUGGCUAGUUUCAUACACCCACAGAGAAAUUGAAGAAUCAGAUUGUGGAAGUCAUCAAAAACAUGGGAAUGCUUAGUUUACUGGAUAUAUAGUAGAGAAUAUGUAUUUUUGUCAUUAUUGAUUAGUAUGCUUGCUGAUUAAUAAAAAUUUUAACAAACAAGUAUAUAAAUGUUUUUUUUGUCAUUAUUGAUUAGUAUGCUUGCUGAUUAAUAAAAUUUUGAACAAAAAGUAUAUAAAUGUGAUGUUCUGAGUUAU